UCACGAAAAUACUGUCCUUGACCCAAGGUCACUACAACUACGUGUUCUAUCUUUGCAGGAAAAUGGCGGCUGUAGUGCCCAAUCUAGCAAUCUUCGAGCUUUCUCGUCUGAAUUUUCAGACGUAUCUUGUGUUCUGUCUUGCUUUCCUUCUGGCGUGCUUGUAUCUAAGACGUUCGAGGAACCUGCCUCCCUACCCGGCAGGACGGGUGCCUGUUCUCGGGCACCUCCUCGCCUUGGGCCGAGCGCCUCACCUGCAGCUGACGGCGUGGAGGCGGCAGUACGGGGACGUCUUCACCGUCAGGAUAGGAAUGCAGGAUGUGGUGGUUCUGAACGGCUACGCUGCCGUCAAGGACGCCAUGGUCGACAGGUCCGAGCUAUUCGCGUCCAGGCCGCCGAACUACAUACCAGACCUUCUUACAGGCUUCGGUAAAGACAUUGUGGGUACCCGCUGGGGUGAAGAGUUCAAGCAGAAGAAGAGGUUUGCCACCACCGUCUUGAAGACCCUUGGCAUGAAAGUCGGGAAGGGUAGCAUCGAAGAAAAGAUUCAAGAAGAAGGCAGGAGCUUGUGUGAGAGAUUUGCAGCGUACCAGGGAAGACCUUUCGACGCCGAACGUGAUCUGCAAGUGACGAUCGCCAACGUCAUCUGCGCCAUGGCGUUUGGACAUCGCUUCGCGUACGGGGACGAGAGGUUCAUGGAAAUAGCUGAAGCGAUCGUGUCGGUACAGAUAAACCUGGCGUCCCUGUCUGGGCAGCUCAUCAGUGUCUUCCCCUUCCUGCGAUUCGUUCCCGGAGUGAACAAGGUUGUCAAUAACACAAUCCUGUACGCUGAGAAGAUCGAUGCGUUUCUGUGGGAGGAGAUAUCUCGCCAUCGCCGGGAUCUGGAUCGCGAGAAUCCGCGAGACUUUCUCGACUUCGCACUGAUCGAGGUUGAGCAGCAGGGCAGGGUGAAUGACCUGACUGAGGAGAAUGUGAUGUACAUGGCGCAAAAUCUCUUCGUGGCCGGCACCGACACAGUCUCCACUACCCUCCGGUGGGCCCUUCUGUACAUGGCUCUGAACCCGGACAUUCAGGAGAAGGUACAACAGGAGCUUGAUGACGUAAUUGGAGACACCGUGCCUUCCCUGUCCCACCGUGCCCAGCUGCCCUACACAGAGGCGACUGUGAUGGAGGUCCAGCGGGUCCGCACCACGGUUCCAAUGGGCCUUCCUCACGCCACGACUCAGCACGUCAAACUGGGUCAGUUCGACCUUCCCGCGGGGACACAGGUGUUGACGAACCUGUACUCCCUUCACACGGACCCGGCAUACUGGCCUGAUCCGGACCGGUUUGACCCCGACAGGUUCCUGGACGGAGAAGGACAUGUCAUCGGCAAGCCGCAUUCUUUCAUGCCGUUUUCAGGAGGGCGGCGCGUGUGCCUUGGAGAGCAGCUCGCCAAGAUGGAGCUGAUUCUGCUCUUCUGCGGCCUGAUGCAGAACUUCACCUUCAAGCUGCCAGAGGGCGCUCUUCCUGUAUCUACCGACGGAAUACUCCGCAUCUCACUAACGCCCCAUCCCCAUAAGAUCUGUGCCAUCCCACGUUGAGUUGUGAUGGCAGAAACUGCAAUGAUGUGGAUGUAUUUUUUAUUUUUUAAUUAAAUCCCUUACAAAAUUGUAAACAAGGCUUCUCUUUCAAAUGUUUCCUGAUCACAGAAUUGGAAAAUCAACAACUAGUAUAUUGUACCUAUACUGUAGCUUUACUAUCUUUUAUACUAUUUCAUAUUGUUGGAAUGGAAAAAUAGUUCAAUGAA